AUGAUUGUGGCGACCCUGCCCUCUUCUCCUUUCGCUUCUGCGGAAACGCUGCGUGGCAACGUGCUAAGCAAGCAGGUACAGCGUGCGCCACCACUUCCGAAUGAAUCCUUCGUCCUAUUGCAAGACAGUAUAAUUAGAAACAUUCCUUCUCCGACGCCCCAAUCAACUCGGGCCAGGAAGGGUGUCUCAAAGUCGCAGAACAAUCCACCAAACGAUGUGUCAGUUGAACGAUCCCAGUCCCAUAAUCCGGAGCAGGAUCACGUCAACCCCUCACCACUGUCCCAUCACUUGCGUUCAACAGCUCGACUAUUCCAUCUUCUUUCUACAAGGACCGACAUCGAUCAUCCUUUGUGUGCAGAGUGUGCUCAGACGCUCUUAGUCAACCUUCAGAGGCAACUCGAUGAAACAAAGAAAGAACGCGACGGCUAUAUCGCGUUUGAAAAGGAAAUUCGAAAAGAGAGAGACCGGGAGUUUCAAGGGCCGUCGAAAGAAGAGGCGGAGAAGAAGAUUGAGAAGCUGAAACAAGAGGAGGAACUCGCAAUUAAACAACUUAAGCUCGCCGAACGGGAAAGAGAGCAGCUUGACGCAGAGCUCAGACAACUCGAGGCGGAUGAGACCCUGGAACUUGAAGAAACCGAAUUUUGGAGGGCAUACAAUGACCAUGUCCUGGCGGCAGAGCAACAAAGUUCACAGCUAGCCACAUUGAGAACGGCAUAUGCAGCCGGACUUGCGACCCUUGAGAAACUUGAGAGGACUAAUGUCUACAACGAUGCGUUUUGUAUCGGCCACGAUGGCGUUUUCGGUACCAUCAAUGGUCUUCGAUUGGGUCGUGUUCCUGGUGUCCCUGUCGAGUGGGCAGAAAUCAACGCAGCUUGGGGCCAAACACUGCUCCUUCUGUAUACAAUCGCGCGAAAGCUUGACUACACAUUCGAGAACUAUCGUUUGGUGCCAAUGGGAUCUUUUUCAAGGAUCGAAAAGACCACCGGAGACAAGGCCAACUACGAGCUGUAUGGAUCCGGUGACCUACAUUUUGGACGUUUGUUACACAAUCGCCGCUUCGAUAUUGCGAUGGUCGCGUUCCUCGACUGCUUGAAGCACCUCAUGGACUACAUUAGACUACAAGACGCCACUGUGGACUUUCCACAUCAAAUCUCGAAGGACAGGAUUGGGGAUGUCUCUAUCAAGUUGCAAUUCAACCAGGAAGAGGCGUGGACACGGUCGUUGCGGCAUGUGCUCUUGGCCCUCAAGAUCUGCCUCAAAUGGGCGACUAACGGCGCGAAUGGUUAG